UUUGUCUGUAAGUGAGUGAGUGUGUGUGUAAUUGUCUGUCUGAGAGUCUCUGUGUGUAUAUAAGAGUCUGUGUGAGUGAGAGUGAGUGUGUGAGCGGGGUCCCGACCCCCUGUGCCCAGCCAUGGCCCCGGGCUCAGUGAGCGCCGCGGUGGGCCGGCUGCUGAUGUCCGCACUGUUGCUCUGUGUCGCGGUGUCCGCCAGGAGCUGCAGCCCCGGGCCCGCCUGCCCACGCCGGCACAUCGGGGAUGGCCCGACCCGCGGCCCCCGCACCGGCUCACUCCUCACUCCAGGCUGGCAGCCAGGGCAUCGGCGCCGGUCACCUCAACCCGACAGCGGGACUGGAACUCGAAGACCACCAAACAGUAGCAUCACAUCUGAAAGUUGGGAACCUGAUUCUCGGAGCCACAGUGCACAGAUUUCCAGAGAACCGGAACUGCAGACGUCCAAUGAAAGCACAUUUUUGGAAAAAACGGAACUGUCCACCUCCUCUGACCCCGUGACACAGAAUUCACGAAGCUUCCCACCGACAUUGACUUUAAGUUCAGAAUCAAUGGAAAGCGCAGCACAUGGCUCAUCGAACGUUUUGGUUUCUGCAAGUGAUUACAUAUCUGAAGAUUGGGUGGACUCUCAACAUUUUGCACCAUCUGUUGGAGAUGAGAGCGCAAGUGAAGAAGGAAGACUUAGAAGGUUGUUUCAAGGAACAUCCUCAGCGGGGGAAGGAGAUCUUCAAAGGUCUUUGAAUACUUCACCUGGACGUUCCGAGUUGCCUUCGUCUACAGAGUCGACUGAUGUUACUGUGCCUCUAGUUACUGUGUCAAGUGGAACGAGUGCAUCUGUAAGCAAUGAACACAGCUAUUCAGAAAAGCCUUCCAGCAUGUUAUCAACUGAUUCGAAAAUGCUCAGUACUUCACCACAUGUUUCUGACAGAUCAUUAAGUAUUGGUACAAGAUCUUUAAGUUCUUCACUGAAUGAAUUGUUAAACUAUUUGACCAAUGAUUUUGAAGAAAGUACUUCAACUAAUGUAAGGCUGUCAUCAAAUACUAUACCAACUGACUCUGAAAAACUAAACAGUUCAACUGAGUUUAAAACAUCUCUAAGUACUUCACCGAACAAUGUUGAGAGAUUAAGUGCUUCAGCGGGUGAUUUUAAACAAUCUUUAAGUACUCCUCUGACUGAUCCUGAAAGAUUAAACACUUCACUGUUUGAUUUCGGACAAUUUUUAAUUAGUUCACGAACUGAACCUGAAAGAAUAGAUCGUUCACCAGAUGGGUUUAAGCAGUCGUUGAGCACUUCACCAAAUGAUGCUGGAAGAUUAAAUACGUCACUGAACCAUUUGAAGCAAUCUUUAAGCAUCUCGCCAACUGGUCAUGAGACACACAGUACUUCAGAGAACGAUUUUGAUAGACCAAGUACAUCACUGAAUGAAUUGAAACAAAUUUUAACCAGUUCACUUGCCGAUCCUGAUAGACUAACUUCUUUGCAGAAUAAUUUUGAAAGGUUAAGUACAUCACUGAAUGGUUUUCAUAGAUCUUUAACUAGCUCAUCGAUUGACCCUGAUGGACCAAGUACACCACUGAAUGGUUAUAAGCGGCUGUUAAGCACUUCACCAAAUUAUUUUGAAAGAUUGGGCACAUCAUUGAAUGAUUUGGAGAGAAUAAAUACAUCGCAAAAUUAUUUUAAGCGAUCUUUAAGUAGUUCACCGAUGGAUGCUGAAAACUUAAGCACUUCACUGGACGGUAUUAAGCGAACUUUAAUGCAUACACCAACUGAUGGUGUGAGAUUAAGCACAUUGCAGAAUGAUUUUAAGCGAUCUUUAAGUUUCUCAUCAUUAGGGGCUGACCGAUUAAGUGUCACGUUAACUGAUCUAAAGGGAUCCGAGAGGUCCUCAAGUGAAUCAACAAACGUUUUUGAAAACUCUUCAGGCUUUUCGCCAAAUACUUUGUUGAAUAUUUCUGAAAGUGCCUUUACACAUGCUCAAGAUAAUUCUCAAAGGUCUCUUGAAACUUCAAUAAAUGGUUUUGAAAGUUCCUUUAGCUCUUCCCCAAAUGAUUCUGAAAUAUUCACCACUGUACAAAAUAUUUCUGAAGUGACCUCAAGUGAAUCACGGACUUUAAACAUUUCAUCAACUGAUUCUAAAAGGUCCAUCAGUUCUUCACCAGAUUAUGUUGCGAGAUCUUUCAAUACAUCGCCACAUCAUCUUGAGUGGUCCUUAAACAGUUCAGUGUAUGAUUCUGCAAUGUUUUUUAAUACUUCAUCAAAUGCGACUGAAAGAUUAAGUGCUUUGCCAACUGUUUCUGAAGAGUUUACAAUUCAUGCACAGCACGACUCUGAAAGGCUUCCAAAUAUGUCCAACGAUUCUUUGAACGACACACAGAUUGAUUCUGAAAGGUUUUCAGGAACUUUCGAAAAUGCUUCCAACAUCUUGCCAAAUCAUUCUGAGAGUGCAGUAAGUAUUUCAUCAAGUGUUUUUGAAAAGUCCAUCCCAGAUACCUCUGAAGGUUCUCCCAGUACUUUCCUGAACUUUUAUAACAUUUCUGUGAAUUAUUCACUGAAUAGUUCUGGACAUCCUGCAAACUCAUCAACGAACAAUCCAACAAGUUCCGUAAGUACGACAACAAAUAGUACUGAUGGGGCAGCUCCACUUUCAACAUCUAUACCUAUGGACCUAAAUGAUGUUAUCAGCAGUUCAGGUGAAGAAGAAUCCUUUGUUGAAUCUUCCUUACGGCCAACUGACACUUACACAAAUAGUUCAAAUUUGGCAAUUUUUACUUCAGGUGCUGAAACGAUAACGCCAAUCAAUGCAACAAGUCGCUUACUUCCCAGAGUCACAGAUAAUUUCUUAAAUACCACACUUGUUUCGACAAUGGACAAUGUUACUAACUUAAUUGCAACAACGUUGUCUUCAAUACAGUCGGAUUCUCAAGGUGCAGUGAAUAAUUCCCGAGCAGUGAAUUACAACUUUACAACAGCUGAACCAGAUCCAGUUGAAUCGGGAAGUAGUGGUGUUGGAAGCACUCUGGUGCCUAGGAUAACGGCAGGCUUUACUGUCCAGAGCGAGCCUCCAGAAAGAGGAGCAGACUCUUCCACCAUUACAAUGCCCAGGACAACACAUGUACAUUUGUCGCCUUCAACCACGGAUUCACCCAGAGAAGCUGGAAGUACAUUGUCAACAUCGGUUGUGGUAACAUCCGGGACUUCUACUGGAAGUAACACUGUCGUUCCACGUGCUUCCACAGACAUACCGACGCCGACACUAGGUGUUGUGACGGAGAGUGAGUUUACCACCGUACGGACUAGUCCAGCUCUUCUUACCAGUGCUUUAGCCAGAGACAAGACCACAGUUAGCCUGCCCACAACUAGUGUUAUGGAAACAACUCCACCAGGCAGGACAAGAACUUCAACUCACAUCAACCCUUUGACCAGCACAAAGACUUCAGUUACCACCGUGACCUCGAGCACCUUGGCUACUCCAACCAGUACGUUGGUCCCGACUAGUACCAGAGUCUCAGACACCAGCACGCAGAUUGCAACCACUGCUGUAGUGACCAGACCAGUUACACUGCCUCCUACCACCGCAGGGAGAGUCAUACUCCAGGCCUCCACCAUGACUGAGGUCACCACAAGAAGCACAUCUCAAGCCUCCAAGGGGAACGCCUGCCUCUCAAACCCAUGCCUCAAUGGAGGUACCUGUAUCAGUUUCCGUAAUAACAGGAAAAGAUGUCGUUGCCCUUCCAGCUGGCAAGGAGUGGACUGCAGCAAAGAUGUGGAUGAAUGCCUUUCAAAUCCAUGUCCAUCUCGCUCAAAAUGUGUUAAUAACUUGGGCUCUUUCUCCUGCAAGUGUUACCCAGGGUAUUACUUCGAGAAGGGAACAAGAUGCACUCUAGCAAGGACAUUUGCUGGUGUUUUUCAAACAGACAACACAUCCCGGAUUUCAGAACAUACAAAGCUGGAAGGAGAUAUUUUAAAAAUACUUAAUGCAUCUCUGUUUUCUCUGAAUGGUUAUCACACAUCUGUUGUAACAGAUUUAAGCGAGUCUGCUGCCACUGUGUCUGUCCUGAACAUGUUUGUACUCUCAUCGAAUGUGACUGCCCAUGAGGUGUGGAGCAGUGUGCAGAACUACAUGUGGACUUGUGGCCGAUACAACGCCGCCAGCUGCCAGUUUCUGCCAAGCCCAAGACUAUCGUACAAAGCCGCCAAGUUGUGCAGCUUUAAAAUUCCUGAAUGUGACAACAUCACAGCAGAGUGCAACGACUUCAAUGGAGUUGCGGCCUGUCGCUGUAAGGACGGCUACUUCAAAUACAGUGCCGUGGAUCGUUCAUGUAGAGCUUGUGAUGAUGGGUACAAGUUACAGAAUGGAACCUGUGCACCUUGUCUGUUCGGCUUUGGUGGAUUCAACUGCAGAAAUCCCUACAAGCUGCUGACGGUGGUGAUUGCCGCGGCUGGAGGAGGGGUACUGCUGGUUCUGGGCCUGGCGCUCACCAUCACGUGCUACAGGAAAGAGAAAAAUGAUAUCAGCAAACUGAUCUUCAAAGGUGGUGAUUUCCAGCGGCCCCCCUAUACUGAGGUUCCCAAAAACCCCCGGAUCUCGGUGGAAUGGGGCAGAGAGACGAUAGAGAUGCAGGAGAAUGGCAGCACCAAAAACCUGCUGCAGAUGACGGACGUAUACUACUCGCCUGGCCUGAGGUGUUCAGAUGUGGACAGGAACGGUCUGCAUCCUUACAGCGGUGUCCCGGGAUCGCGGUACUCUUGCAUCUACACCGGACAGUACAACCCGUCCUUCAGUAGCGACGAGUCACGGAGACGGGACUACUUCUAGCCAAGUUCAGGCACACUUUUACGUUUGUUUGUCGAAACAAAUAUGGGACCUCCGAGUCAGACUGAGCGGAAUCUCUGGAAUUAAAAGCUUGAUUCUGAACGUUGAUGGCCAAUGACCAGUAGAAUGUGAAUGAGCAUGUUUGUAGCAUGUCCCACCACAAGGACAUGGUCUACCCUGAGAUGGACCAGUGAUGGGAUUGAGAUCACCAGCUGCAUGGAACGAGUUUAUGCACUGCACGGAACAGCUUGCUGACAGAGAUGCUGCCUGUCCCGCUGAGUUACUCCAGCAAUUUGUGUCUAUAUCUUCUGUGCAGACCAGCAUCUGCUGUCCCAUCCUACACAACUUGCUCACCGAUGGGCUAUGGACAAUGUGCCUUUUGAAACUGAUGUUUCUUGUUUUUUAAUAACAUGAACAGUUAGAGUAUUUUCACACUGAUCAAAUGGUAAUGUUGCACAGCUCUGAGAGACACGAAGUGAUGAACUUGUGCCACCUCUAGCCUGUUACGGAAACAUUGUGUGGAUGUACCGUGUGGAGAAUUGUACCCUGUCACGAUGCGAGUUCAGUACCAGAUAUCUCAGCAUUCUCGGCCAAUUCUGUACCCCUUCCUACUCUUCUGGGAGACCUAUUAUUUUGUCAUUCCUUCUUCAGCCACACAAUGCAUCUUCCAGCAGCUCAAGAUGAGUGAAAGUGGGAAUUUAUGUUAUGUUAUUGUGGGAGCUGUGAAGAGAGAGGUUUAGUUUAUUUUCUGUUUAGCUCAGAGAUACAGUGGGGAAACAGGCCCUUCGGCCCACCGAGUCCACGCCGACCAUUGAUCACCCAUACACUCUUUCCAUGUUAUUCCCAGUUUCACAUCCUAGGGGCAAUUUACAGAAGCCAAUUAACCUACAAACCUGCAAUCUUUGUGAUGUGGGAGGAAACUGGAGCAGCUGGAUGAAUGUGCAAACUCCGUACAGGCUGAUUAGAUGGCAUUAUUUUCAGAGCUUCCAGUAUCAUCUCUUUAUCCCUCUCAAUACAAACUAUGAAAUUGGUGAACUUCUUCUGAGAGACCCAAGAGAUCUCUCUCUCUCUCUCUCUCUCUCUAUGUGCAACUUAAGACUGCUGCAAUUUGUUCUCAUGGUUUCCUAUUUAUACAAUGAUGUUGUGCGGCCUGCUGCGUUUUCCUACCCGCGGGAUGUUUAAUGAAUCUUUCAACUCAGGGGCAGCUUCAUUCCCAAGAUUUUGAAGAACAAGAAAUAUUUUCGGAAGAGGAAAUGGUCAUUAAGCCAAAUAUGGGAUGUCUAUUUUAAUAAUUAAUCUAAAUAUAAGUUAUGAGGCUCAAGUAGUCAUCAAGUUACUCUAUUUCUGCUUCAGAAAGUAUUUAUAUUAUUUUAAACUUAAAUCUAUGCCAGCGAAUCUUCCGUACAAUGCAACCUCCACACAGCACAGAUAACUUUAGUGAUCACCGCAUCAUCAACAACACUCAUCAUGUGGGACUGACAUUUACCUAACUUCCAUCUGAAGGGAAUGUUGGAAAACUCAUGUUGUAUUGAAUACUGCAAUAUAACAAUGCAUGUUAUGUUGAGGCCGCAUUGUAUUCAAGAAAAAAGCUCAGUAGGCAAUUUCUGAUUAAAUUUGUGUUUUUUAAAGUUUGUUCCUCUGUUUAUAGUGUUUUGAGAACCAACAGGUGCGAAGUGAAAUAGUCAGCUGCAACUUAAGGUUAAAAUCUACCAACAUAAUUUAAAAAAUGACUUUUCUCACUGGAGAUAAGUAUUAGAAUCAUAGAAUUGUAUAGCAUGGUAACAGGCUCUUCGGCCCAACACAUCCAUGCCGACAAGGAUGGCCCUGUCCAUUUGCCUGCAAUUGACCCAUAUCCCUCUAAACCUUUCCCAGCAUGUAACUGUCCAAGUGUCUUUUAAAUGUUGUUGUUGGUGUACUGGCCUGAACUACUUCCUCUAACAGCUCAUUUCAUUAACCCACCACCUUCUGAUUUUGGUCUGAAUUGUGUAAUGGCCUUGGUAACUUAAACACUUUAAACCCUUUCAACAUAGAA